AUGUGGUCGUAUCGUGGCGCCAAGUUCAUAUUCAAAAAGAUAUUUGGACAAUAUUUUCAAUAUGAACUUGAAAAAGACCAAUUCGAUAUCGGCUUCAAGAAUGGAACUAUCAACCUUUCCAAUCUAGAGCUGAACGUGCGUCGUAUCAAUGCUGAUCUCACCAACUCGCCACUGGCACUCGCAUCUGGAUUCCUUGGAAACAUCCACACCAAAGUACCAUACACAUCACUCUGGGAUAAACCAAGCGAGUUCAUCGUAUCUGACUUGGAAUUAUCAUUAGUAUCAUAUGAUAUUAUUGAUAAAUUGAAUGAUUUAGAAUAUCAACAAGCAGCAGCUAGUAAUACUGGUGGUGAUUAUCAACAACAGCAACACUCUGAGAAUGUCGAGCAUCAAUACUAUUCCGAUGAGGAUGAAGAAGUCGAUAGGAUGAUACAGACUAGAAAUGAGAGUAUGGGUGGUUUGGAGUUGUUGGCAGAGAUGAUAAAGAAGUUGGUGGAUAAAGUGUCGGCCAGGAUCAACAAUUGUUCGAUCUCCAUAACACAUUUCGAUCGUAAGCGAAACAAAUCGAUUACUAUGAUGUUGCUGAUAGAGUCACUGGAGUAUACAGAUGAUAAACAAGCUGCUACUGCUGCUACCGAACAACAACAACAACAGCAGCAGCAACAACCAACUUCACCACGUCAAACACAACAGCAACAGCAAGAAGAUAAAAACUCAUACUUUUACAAGAUGAUUAAAUUAGCGAAUUUCUCGAUUAAAGUUGCCGAGACCGAUGGAAAUCUAUUGCUUUCCGAUCAAUUUUACACCAGUUCCAUAUUGAACUGCAUUCAAUCCUCUUUAUUUCAAACCAUUUUCACCAAUAGAAAAGAUAGUAAAGAUCUAGAUUCAACCAACGACAUCAUCAAUCUAAAGAUAAAAAGAACCGAAAAGAAUAUAAAUCUACCUCUUUUUUCAGUGGAGUGUAACUUUCGUGAUUGGACCAUAUUAUUAUCACCAAUACAACUGUUAUUAUUAAAGAACUUUUUAAAGAUAUUCAAUAGCAACAACAACAAUAGUAGUAGUAUCAGUAAUAAUAAUAAUAGUAGUAGUAGUAGUAGUAGUAGUAUAGAUAAAAGUAAUAUAGAUUCAAGCUUAGCAACUUCAAAUAUACCAAUAAUAACAACUAAUACUACAACAACAGCUACAACAUCACUGAGGUCUGGUUCACCAAUGAAAUCACCACCAACACCAAUCAAUAAUAAUAAUAAUAAUAGAAAUAAUAAUAAUAGUGGUAGUGGUAACUCACCAUUAGAUCAACAAUCAACAACAAUUAAUCAAAACAACAACAACAACAAUAACAAUAGCAAUCGAUUUUCAAUUCAAUUCAAGUGGUCGAGACUACGGCUAUUCCUCUUCCACAAUGAACACUGUAAUAUAAAUGCAUUUCUUCAACAACACUUUCAACACCAACCAUAUAAAAUCAACUUCUUCCUACUUCAUGUACAAGACUUUAUACUUCAAUACAGCCAAUCUGCAUUGUCAAAGCAAAUCAAUCUUAACAUCACGAAAUUCAACCUCUUCCAACAUGUCAUACAAUCACCACAGGAAUCUAAAUUUGAAACAAACGAUAUCAAUAUGAUAAAUCCAAAUAGUAUAGCUCAAGAGAAAUCGAGUCCUUACGAUAUUUCAGUUAGAAUUCAAUUUAUAUAUCAGGCUGGCAAGCAAUCAUUCGAUAGAGAUAUCAGUUUGCAGAUGAAGGAUCUAAGUGUUUACUUUUAUCCAUAUCUGCUGGUGAGUGGACAGUCGUUGAUGGAUGAGAUGAACGAGCAAUUCAAGCGAGUGAAUGGUCCAGGUGCUUUAGGUGAUCUGGAGUUGAAAGAGAAGAAGAAAUCAGAUAAUUCCAGUCCGAUCAUCAGAUCAUCUCAGAGCUACGAGAAUAUUCUUACAGAGUUGAAGAACACUCGAUUUACAAUCGAUGGAAAUGAACGAUCAUCACAAUACAACUACUCCAACAGCAACAACAGCAACAACAAUAACAACUAUAAUGAAGAUGAUGAAUCAGACUCUUUAGAAUCUACAUCCACUCAACUACAUAUCAACUCUUCACUCAUCAAAGUUAUCAUUAAAUUCCCAUCAUCUUUAGAAUUAGAUAAGAACAAUUCAUUUGAAAUUCAAAAACUUAGAUCAGAAAUUGUAUCGAUUUCAGCGAACAAUGUAAAGAUUGUUGCCAAUCUGAUCAAGGAUAUAAAGGAUGUUAAAUGGUUUAUCGAUUUCGAUGAUAUUCAUGCUAAUCUGAUAAAUGAGAUGAACGAUACGAUUAGAUUCCUAGAGAUAUCUACGAAGGAUCAGAAUACGCAUCAUGGUGUCAUUCCAUUGGAGAUUACCAUUCGUGGUAGUGUCUCUGCCUAUUCGAACUAUGAUGUCGAUUUAAAUUCACCACCUAUCAGAUCGCCUCUUACCGUUGGAUCAAGUAAUAUCAAUAGUAGCAGCAACAGGUUGAACUUGAACUUGAACUAUCAGUCAUUAGCAUCGGAACCAAUGAUAUCUACACCAUCGUCUUCACCAUCACAUAGAUCACAACAAUCAUUAUCAUCAUCAUCAUCACCGUCAUCGUCAUCAUCGUCACCAUCAUCACGCGCCAGUUCACAGUCAUCAUCUCCAUCAUCAACGUUCUCCACAGACAGACCUUUCAAUCCAUUCAACAACGUUAAAGAACGGCACAAAGGACCAUUCUCUAGUUUCGUUUCUACCUCCGAAGGUAUUUUCGAUGAUGAUUGGCUUGGUGAAGCUGAACAAGAUGAAAUGAGUUCAUUUAGACAUUCAUCAAUUGAAUCAUCUAAAUAUGUAUUCAAUGUAGUUUUACCAAUAUUGAAAUUUGAAAUUAAAAAAGAUGAACUCAAUUUAUUGGUUAAUUUGUUUACAUCUUUGACAGAGUUUGUUGAUAAUCAUAAUACAAAGAAGAAUCAACAACAACAACAACAAUUAGAUGUCAAUAACCAACCACAAUUUGCAGAACAACUACCACCACCUUUAUCACAUUCAAAUACUAAAUCACUAAAGAAUGUCAGUCUUUUAUCAGUUUUGCUCAUAGUCAACAAAGGACAUUGUAUAUUGACGGAAAACGAAUGUAGUGGGACACCUUUAUCAUCUUCAUCAUCCUCGAUCAACAGUAACAGUAGUAGCAAUACCAACAAUAGCAAUAGUAGUUCCGUUGGCUCUUCAUCUUUAUCGUCAUCAUCUGCAACCACCACCGCCGCUACCACCAUACAGAAUACCUAUUUCAAAUAUUGGAUUGAAUUUGAACGAUUUGAGAUGUUCAAUGUUAGUCAGUACUUUGGUCGUGAUAUCACCUUUAUCAAUUGUUCAUUCUCGCAGUUGGAGUUGAAGGAAGCGGAUCUUUCACUGCCGUCGCCAUCGAACCAACCGAGAUCCAUCAUCUCAAAGACAUUGUCAUCGUCGAACAAGUUGAUUCCAAGUCAAUCACUGAGUGCAGUGAUAUCGAUCAACAACGAUGACUCUGACUUUUUGGACGGUGCAAUCGAUGGCAAGGUGAUAUCACUUCAAUUCAAAGGAAUAACAAUCGAGCAUAAGAUUAACAAUUCUUGGUUUACAAGACUGCCUGAUUUCUUUACAUUCCCAACAGACCAACAUCAACAUCAACAACAACAACAUCCACCGACAGUAUCAUCAAAUUCACCAAAGAUCAAACAACAAACGAAAUCAGCAACAGCAGCAACUUCAGAGAAUCAUGUAAAGACAUUCUUAAACUUUAUCGAUAGUUCUGUUUAUUUCAUUCCAUCUUCGAACCUUUCGUCUGCUGCCAUCUUUUUCUUUGCUGAUACCAAGAUCAAGUUGACCGACUCGAAAAAGAUUAGUUGUAACGGUCAGAAUAGCAAUAUUUUUGUGAUUGACGAUGUUCUCAAUCUAAGAGAGUCAUCUCCAACGACAUCGUCACACUCAUCUGUUUACAACUACUGGAAGUAUCUUGGAUUCGAACCAUCGGUAUACUUGGAUUAUUUUGAAUUUGAAAUAUUAAGAGAUCAACAUAAUUAUCCAAAGUUUUCAUUAAAGUUCAAUCAUAAUAAUUUACAGAUUAGUGCAUGUGCAGAUUCAUUCUUUGUGGUGAAUGAAAUCAUUAGUAAUCUACUUGGUUUGGAUAUUCCAUAUGCAGAGGUUGCAGAUUUGAUUAUCACUCAGGGAAUUGCACCGGAUUUGAAAGAGAAUAUCGAUAUAUUGAUAAAUGAAGAUACUUUUAAAUCGAACCAAGUCAAUGGCUUGGGUGGAAUCGUUGGUUCCUAUGGAAGUCUUUCGAAUUUAGAUACGUCUUCGUUCAACAAUGCAACUAUUUCAUCGUCACCGAUUGUCAGUGCAUCGCCACAAGUAGUAUUGAAUAGCGGUGGUGCUUCAUUCUCAAAUACACCCAGUUUGGAUUUCGAGGAUUUCGAAGAUGAUCCCGCUAGUUUUGCCGAUCUCUCUGACGACGAAGGUACUUUCUACGAAUACCAUUCGCCGCCUGCCGACGUAACAUCCAACACCUCCAACAAAUUGAGUGAUAGUACCACUUCACUUGAGGAUCAGACUGCAGAGUUGACAAGUCUUGCCGACACUUCUUCACAGACAUCGUUGGGUGGUGCCGGAAUUGGUGGUGGUGGCAACAGCGGAAGUGGUGGAAUCGCACCGAUUCUUGGAAGUGUAAUGAUCGAAGAUUAUGACCACGAGAAGCUGGAGAGUUUCCAAUCGAAUAACCAGCAUACUCUGGUCAAUGAAUAUGUUUCAAUGGACGAUCAACUAUAUUAUAUGGAUUUAGAACAAUUCUCAGAUCCUUUGGAUAGCAAUGAUGUUCAGAAAACUAGUAAUUAUAUUGGUGGUGGUGGUGGAAUGAAUACUCACGGUAGUCAUAGUAGACAGCCAUCUUCAUCAUCGAUAUCGAUGACAACAACAACAACAUCAACAUCACGUGAUGGACCGACCAUUCAUUGGUUGGAUCCAAGAUAUACGAAUAUCGAUAUCAUUGAAAACUAUAUAUCUACGCCCGGAGAAGAUCCAGAGGAUACAAACCUACCAUCAAAUUAUCCCAAAUCACAGGAACGAUUCUUGUUCAGCAAGAUGAACAUAUCACUAAAGAUCUAUAAAGGUUCCGACUGGGACAAGUCCAACGGUAACAAAUCAACUAGAGAUCCCAACUCUUAUGUCGAAUUCAUUUUCUCUGGAUUCAAUCUUCGUAUUGAUAAAUUCGAUGAAAAUGAAAAGGUUGCAAAAUUAUUAACAUUCAACCUUUGUGAUUUUACUACUUUUUAA